UUCCAGAACAACGCCCUCCUUCAUGAAAGAGGAGGAAAAACGCAUUCUUAUCUUCGCUACUCAAUUUCAACUGUCACGCACGGCGGCGCGUCACAGAGCGUCACAUCAGUGCCUGGAUCGCGCACGGUCGCGUGAAGGUCGCCCCACCCCGGGAUACCGAAGUCGGCGUCCCUUUUUUCGCCUCCAUCAUCGCACGGAUUCGCACCAUGGCCGAUUCCACGCUGCGACAGCGCAGGCCCGCCGAACAGCCCUCACCCGUAUGUCUCUGUUCUUCCGCCCCGGCGGUCCUUCCUCGAGAACUAAGCAGCGUUGCAUUCAGCCGGCCGAGGGCGCGACAAAAGAAAGGGAGAAGGGCAAGGAGAAGGGGAAGAACGAGGAGGGUGGGCUCUUGGCUUUCAUUGGGCUCGUCGGCGGUGUGAUUGUCAUGAUCAGCUUGGCUGUCGUCGCGGGGAAGACUUUGUACAAUUCCAACCCAGGCGAGUUCUUCAAGCCCAAAGCCAACGCCGUAUGGCAGGCAGUGCCAGGCGUGGAAGAGCCGUGGGAGGUCAACUUCUCUGCGGACACCGAGAAGCGGGAUGCGGUGCACGCGUGGCGGGCUUAUUCGCGGGACGCCUUCGGCUCUGACGAAUACCACCCACUCAGCCGGCGUGGCUCGAACUUGACGUCUGCUGGAGGUAUCGGGUACACCGUGAUCGAUGCGAUCGACACGAUGCUUGUGAUGGGGCUAGAUACCGAGUAUCGACAGGCCCGCCGAUGGGUCGCGGAGAAACUCGACUUCGACAAGAAUGGGGAGGUCAGCACGUUCGAGACGACCAUCCGUGUUCUCGGCGGCCUGCUCUCAGCAUACGCUCUUGCUCCUUCAGAGGACGACAAGAAGCUGUUCCUCGCUCGUGCGACCGAUCUCGGCGAGCGCAUGCUCCCUGUAUUCAACAGCCCGUCCGGGCUGCCGUACUCCUUCGUCAAUCUCGCUGAGCGCAAGGGCAAACCAGAGCCAGGUCUCGGGAUGCUCGUGAGCACCGCUGAAGCCGCCUCGCUGCAGCUCGAGUUCCGGUACCUGGCUCACCUCACAGAUCGCGGCGAGUUUUGGGACAGGGUGGAGAAGGUCAUGGACGUGAUCCGAGCAGCUAGGGUGGGCGACGCCUUGGUGCCGAUCUUCAUGAGCAUGCCUGCUGGGAAGUUCAUGAAUGCGGAGAUCCGCCUUGGAUCUCGAGGAGACUCCUACUACGAAUACUUGCUUAAGCAGUAUAUCCAGACUGACCGCAUCGAAGAGAUGUACGCCGCGGCCAUGGACGCCAUCCAUCGCAACCUCUUCUUCCGGAGUAACGACAAGAAACUGCUGUUCGCGGCAGAAAUCCAUCCGCGCCCUGAGGCUCGACCCAGAACUUAUGUGCGCAUCCGCAAACAGGAUCAUCUCGUGUGCUUCCUGGGUGGUUCGCUGCUACUCGGCGCAGUGAAUGCCCACGCGCCUCAACUCACGGUCUCGAUACCACCCAUGGCUCAAGAGCUGACUCCUUUCGGGAAGCGUGACUGGUCAGCGGGCAUGGACCUGGUUGAGAGUUGUGUGGACACGUAUCGGACUCCCUCGGGUCUAGCACCUGAGAUCGUGCAUGUGCGAGAGACCAUCGAGAAAGGGGACUGGUUUAUCAAAGGGGCCAAACCUGUUGGGGAGCCGCCGGUGUAUGAUGCAAGAUACAUCCUUCGGUACGCGACUCUCCUCAUCGUCCAACAACCAGCUCACCCUUCUCCAAGCCCUGAGACAGUCGAAUCUCUCUUCAUUGCCUGGAGACUGACCGGGCACCCCAAAUUCCGCGACUACGGCUGGGAGAUCUUCCAGGCCAUCGAGAAACACUGCCGCAUUCCAGACGGUGGCUAUGCGGGUGUGCUGAACGUCGAGGCUGUUCCUGUGGAAUGGGAGGAUAAGCAAGAGACGUUCUUCCUUAGCGAAACCUUGAAGUAUCUGUAUCUCCUAUUUUCGGAUGACAGUGUGAUACCGCUGGACGAAUUCGUCUUCAAUACGGAGGCGCAUCCGCUACCGAUCUUCAGCCCCAACAGAAUGCAUGCGGGGUAGACUCUUGCUGUAGGUUUUAAGUUAUCACUACUACUAAAUAUUGCUUGACGAUGAGUACUCGUUAACGUUAAAAACAUGAGGAUGCGCUCAUUAGUCUGUUGCUCCGAUACCAUGUCACAGUAAAGGGAAACCCAUGCUCUCAAGUAAACUCGAGUUGAUCACAAGAAUGAUGAUGGGACACGUGCCCAUCCUUGCCUUUGCAGCCCCCUUUCCCAUCCGAGUCUGAGUCUGAAAGUCGCUGUUCCAGGCUUCUUUCGUUGCCGCAUCCUACAUUGCUCCCGAACCACAUACAGUUUGUCAGGGAUCAAUGAUUGUUGUGGUCCUCUCUUCCCCAUUGCCGGAGCACUGACAGUGGAUACGUUGUGGGGUGGGAUCGUUUUCGUCCAGUUCCGUCUAAUGUCGUGCUCUUAUCCGAACCUUGCGUGCCCACACGAUCGACUCCGAAAACCGCAAGGAAAGCUGGGAAGACACCACUGCUCUGGGAUGCAUAGGUCUUCCUCGACGUAGAGAAAAACAAUCACUCGAAAAGCCGCUACAGUAUGUAUGCGCUAUCCAGCACCUACCGCGCCUGCGCCCAUCGGUUCCUCUCUGGGCCCUUCACGGAUUUACACCGGUAUCUUUGCGCUUGAUCAAUGGGAUAGGAAUCUGGCCAGGUGGCCUUCUCGUGGAGUGGACCAGCGAGUUGCUCCCGAGGAUGUCGCCUCCCUGAUGAGCAUGAGCGCCUCUCAGACAUGGCUGAUCAUCCUUGUAUCAAAUGUCGCUUCUUCGAUCCUUGGAAACCUCUGCUCAUUGGCCCACCGCUGGUCCUUGAAGCGUCGAAUUGUCAAGCCUUCUUUUGCUACGAUCGUCUGAGCACACGAUCAGCGAAGACCUGGAUUGGCGGCCCUCAUUGUUCCCGGGAUGCAUGCACACACGAAGAACCCAUUGAGAUGUCUUCCUCGCUCAGUCCUUCAAAAGGGCCGCCAGCUAUCAUCAUGACCCACAUCCAUUCUCCGUUCCCUGAGCCCUCCCUGCACCUGGCGGAAAAGGCUGCUAUGAACCCCUCCAAGCCAUGCCAAAUCCGUGCCCCCGAACUUGCUCUCGUUUUCGGCGGACCUUCGGACGAGGCGGUACUAGGCAGCGUUAGCGAUACAUCCCAAGUCGGACAUUUCCGAGCACGACCCUACUCUUCAAGUAGCGACUACCUCCCUCCGAAUCCGGCUUUCUUCGUGCGUUGUUCAAUUGACAACGCAGGGGUUCUGACUGCAAUCCUCGAUCAGUGGGACAGCAAUCCGCCUGUUACGCGGUGUUCGCUACUCGGAGCUGGAUCCGACCCUCGAGAAUCUGUCCCCCCUCAACGCCGACCGUCUCGCUAUGAUCCGGCCCCGUUGCACAAGAGAUCUCCGCCUAGCCCGUCCGUCGACAGCUACCAGCUUGAUUCUCGUCUUCUGAACACCGUGCUGCCUGACGGAGGGGCUGGUGGUAGAUCACCAGCUGGUCGGUACCCAAUAUCGCCUCUGAAUCCUCAAGCCGAAUCUGGUCACCAACUCCAAGCUCAGGAGUAUCGUGAUCCGCGCAAUAGCGGGGUAGGAGGAGGAGGAGGUAGAGAAGGACGAUCCUCGACCCUGGGCUCCCCAUCAGCCCCGCACGCAGGAUCCCUUCAGCUUCUGUCGCGGAGGGACCGGCCAAACACGAUUCUCCGUUCGGCGCUCGCGUGCGCGGACUGUCGCAAGCACCGGCUCCACUGCAAACCAUCUUCUGUGCCCCAUGUCACGUCGUGCCAUUGGUGCUACGUCCAUGGCCGCAUGUGCGAGCACCGUGAAUAGCGCGAGAGCUGACGUUCGUGCUGAGGGUCCAACCUCACUGCGUCUUGCAUGUCAAUCUACCAUUUGCACUAUGAGGCGACGCGACUCUUAUUGCCUUGAUUGCAGAUGAUAGUUCAUAUGAGCGUAUCCAUGGGUGAUAGAAAUAUCCCCAAAAUGAACAUUCGUCGAUUCUCUGUCUAGUAGCACUGGGAUAAUGUCGUGUCCGUCAGGGUCUUUGUCUCAUGCGUGAUGUGACUCUCCGUGAUACCCGCUUCCGAAACAGCACAGCCACUCAACAAGUCGCGACGUUCCCCCAUUGACUUUGACUCAGCUUGACACUUGGCAUUAUCUCAUCCACUAACAAGAACGUUAACAUGACUCGAAUCUGGCCAUGUACCGCACGGACCCGCAAUCGCCACUCGUUAUAUAAGGCUAUGUCUCUGCCUCUUCCCUCACACACCCACACCACAACUACAACGCUUUCCGUGACUCCCAAAUGACGCGCUCAGCUCUUUCUGAAAACUCUCCGCGAGUAGUACGCAAGGCAUUCCGCGCCCAAGCCAAAUCACAAGGCCAGUCCUUCCGCGCCGCCAUCCUCGCACAGAAGGCGCGCGCCGCCGAAGACGGCAAGAAGGUCGAGUACCCCGAUGCCGGGCGCCGCAACCCGGGGCGCAUGGACGGCAUGCGCUGGAACGGCGACUCGUUCGUCUCCCCGCCCCAGGUGGACGGCGAGGAGGUGUCGUCGGACUUGGAAGACGACGGCGCUUCCGAAUGGGCGGCCGGUGUCGCAGACGGGAAACGGGCGGAGGGCUCGCUGCCCCAGCCUAUGGUCGUGUCGCUGCUCGACAUUGCGCGACCCGCGAAACCACGGGGUGGCAAGAAGCAUCGUGCGGUGAAUGUCGUGGAGGAUGAUGCUGUAUCAGUAUAUGCUGAGAGCGAGCUCUGGGAGGAGUGGGAUGCCCACAGCGAAGGAUGGGAGGUCCAAAGCGAGCUUUGGGAGAUCCCAGAAGGAGAGUACACGGCUGACGAAUGGGAAGAGCUGUAUGAAGGAAACGCUCACCCCCCAGAUAAACCCAUUGCCACUCCCCGGUUGUCGUAUGCGUCUGCUCUACGGAGAUGAUCUCUGCCUGUUGGAACCCGACUUGCCUCUUCACCUUGCUUCAUUCACGAUUUAGAUACACCAUACCAUUAUCCAUUAUCAUUAUGAUUGACCUCCCGGUCCGUGAUCACGUGAAAGGCUUCCCCUAUGAGUACCGCUGAGCUCUGAUUACCAAUCUCCUCAAGAUCCUCAAAUGGACUAGUGCUUAGUUGUAUGUUGUCGUCUGAUCAUCUAACCUCUAGAUGGUUGCAAUCCUCUCUUGGCUAGCCUAUGUGGCUUGACAACUGCUUCACGCCUGUCCAGCUCAAAUCGCACUUCACCCCCGUUCCUGACCUCUUCAAAAACUUGACUCAUGCCGAAUCGACUCGCUCUCCCUCUGAUCCAUGGCCGGAAACCCCAGCACCCACAUCGUGUUCGGAGCCUCCCCGGACUCGUAUCUCAUCGCGCACGGACGCCGAUUCGUCUCGGAGAACAUCCCCGACCAGCUGCUCCGUCACGUCCAGAAUGAGAUGAACAUCAGCAUGACGCUGUGGAUCAGCAUGGGCAGUGCGCCGGAUACGUGGGUCACGCACAACGUCGCGACCGCCAAAUACCACUUCAGCUCGACGAUCGAUCCGACGGUCCGCGCCCACCUCGCGGGGACGAACAGCAAGUUCGCCGCCGACUUCGUCACGUUCCCGUCCAGCGGCGACGCCGGCCGCUUCUUCGUCAAGGGCAAGGCCAGCGGGCAGUGGAGCGCUGUGCUGCCGCAGAUCUAUGUGGACCGGCUGUCCGCGGCGAGGGCGGAGAUCGGGGCGUCGCAGCUGGACAACGCGCUGACGGGUGUGUUGUUUGGCAAGGGCAACACUUGCAUCUGGUUGCUUGCGGGUGGAUUUGCGAUUCAGCCGGACGAGAAUGCUGAGGACUGGACGGAGGAGCAUCCACUGAUCCAGGUUCUCCUCAAGCAUCAGGAGGGCUGGUUGAUCGAGCGAGGGUCGUGUCUGAGCUUCCACAAUUCGCGGCACUUCUUCCUCAAGCUCAAGAACAUCCAGCGGGGCAAUGUCCGGCUGCACUGGAGUCUCCCGGACAACAUGGCCGUCAAGCUCAAGAGGCUCCAGGAUACCUUCGCGGGUGACCCAGAGGAACGCCGACUGUUGGCGGAAUCAGACCAGAUGUGGCUUAAUGUUGUCAAUGGGCGUGUGAACUCGGAGAUGCAAGCGAUCAGUAGCCUAGCUGCGCAACGGAAUCGACUAGGCGUCUAUGCUCGAGCGGCGUUGACUGGAGAGACGGUGAUCGAACGACGGCACAUAUGAUAAGUACGCCGAUAGACUUGAGUCUGACAUUGUAAAGUCGAACUAGUUUCCCCCCUUCCAUCCUAUGUCUCCAAGCACAGAAACAUCUGUUCAUUGUCUAGCAGAUCUCGACAGUGCAUGGUGUGUGAAUUCGAGAUCAAUCCGCACCAGUCCCGCGCCCUGCGCCGCUUCUGUCCUUCCCCUUCUCCCUCGAUCCGCUCGUGCGGUGUCUUCGAAUAAAGCGGGAAUGAUCAAAUUACCCGAUUAUGACGCAGCGGAAAUAACUCCCGCGCACGCAGCUUCUGCUGUGCAACUGAUUGUAGAUCCAAUACAUUAUCCGGAGUUUGUGAGCUGGUAGGGGGCAGGGCAGGCACUCGGAUUGCCACGAUGCGUGGCGUGUGCGCUAUAUCGCUAUCUGCAGUCCGUGCCGCGUGGGUGGCAGUCGAUAGAGUCCGCGGGGAUCGAGAGCUAGAGCCUUGUGAGAAGCAGUGUCUUACAUGAAACGGGAUAAGGGACCAGCCCGUGGGACUGCAGAAUCCGAUAAGAUGAGGUGGGAUCGAAGAAAUAAGUUGCAUCAAACACGGACACGUGACGACAUGCAUACAUGCAUCAUAACUGAUGACGCGCGUCUUGUGCCGAAAGCUACUUGAUGGAUUGGAGUGCGUUGAGUCAACGGAAAACUCCAAGAACUACGAACCAAGGCCACAAGGUUAAUAGGCACGUCAAAGCACGGUGGAUCCCUACAGAAACUCAUAGACUCCCACACUCCCCGGGGCCCCACCUCCCAGACCCGAAGUAUACGGCACGCCGACGCAGCGAACAGCUGCGAAACCCGACUCCGGUGAUCAAUCUGGCUUUCGGAGCCGCCAUGGACCCACCCACGCUACUCUCCCAGCGGACUCGGAUUCGGAACGCUAGAGCUUGUCAGGGACGAUGAUCGUUUCUGUCACGCCAAUCGACGUGUGGGACGCGAGUUGGGGCUCGCAUCUGCGCGUU